CCCCACCUCGUUUCACGUGAGACGGUCGCUCGGUUGCUGACAUAAUGAGUCGCCGCGGACUGAGACAACUAGUUUCCAACUCGUUUUCCUCGUGAACAUUUCUAGUAAAAGUGAUAAUAGGAUAAACAUCGCGAAGUCCCGAUACCACACUCGAUCAAAGAUGCUGGCAGGACACGUGCCAAAGCUUGUUAACAAGCAAUUCAAUUCUCCCAUCAACCUGUACUCGCCGCAGGCCGUUCAGGAGACAUUGGAGAGGCAAACAAAAAUAUUGGCGAAUGGUGCUAUCGGGAUUGACUUCAAUCAACUGGCAAAACCAGCGAAUCUGCAGAACAGCGCGGUUCUCAAGAUGCUGGAGGAGGAAGAGGCGAGGAAACGCAGUGGUGGACAACCCGGUUUGAAACGAGUAACUUGGCCUCCCCCAGCCGGUGACGACGACAUCGACUUCAUCGAGCAAUCACCAGUCCAGGCAAAGACUCGGGGAGUUGGUGAGUACGCAUCAUACGAGACGAGUCCCUCAUCAGGUCCAUCGCCUCAACCUCAUACGUCUCUGCCCUGUGCAUCACCACAACUAUCCACUCCCUUAAGCCCUGGGGGGACAUUACGAACACCUCAGGGUUAUCAACAUCAAAUUGCACCAAAACCCUGGGCACCUGUUACACCACCCGCAACCUCUCCAUUGCCAGCGCAUGAAAUAUCCUGGGGAUCGCAUCGGUCGCAUCAACCGGUAUUCAAGAAAUCGGACUCGAUCGAGGGAGCUGCUCCUAGGCAUCAAUCAUCCCAGCCUUUUUCUCAACCACCACCAUCUGUCAUCACUUUGAGGCCUGAACCACCAAUUUCUCAGCAACCAGCGCCAGUUUACCAAGCUCAACCAGCAGCAACAAUGGCCCCAGUGAGUGGUAACAUGCGAGGGGACAUGAAGUGGCCACCGGCGUCAGUAAAAGCACAGACAGAGGCGGAAAAUCGUGCGAGAGUGGAAUUGGCCAAGGGACCUAUAUUCAGACCACGUCGAGUUAACAAAGAUUACAGUGGCUUUUUCGCUCAACACGCCCUCAACAGCACCUACCCUGGAUACAGAGCACCCCCUGGCACCCAAUACUUCACGCCAUCCUAUCAACACUAACGAAUAAUUCUUUAAAAAAAAAAAUACCGAUGCUAAAUCGACGAUUUUUUUUUCAUUUUGAAGACUGAAAAACAGACGUUAAAAAUGAAAGAAAAAUCCAAAUUGCAUCAUUCGUUCGGAGGCAUUGGAGAUUGAAGAGGAUUGGCCUGUCCCCUAUCGAAAAUGUGCGGAGACUAUUCACACAUUUCCGUAACGACUGGAGAGAAAUACCCGAUCACUGUGGGGUAAUCAUCCUCAGCUGUUUCCAGUCAUCGAGUUCAACUGAUUAUUUCUCUUCACAAGACAAUUCGUGUGGUGAACGGUUACCUAGAGACUGACUUUCUGCUCGAAAUUACUGGCUUUUCACGAAAGAACAAAUAUUUAUCAGUCACUAACGCUUCUUUACUAUUGGUGAUCACUGCAACGACAAUUUGUCAGCGGAUGAUAUUACUCUGAAAUUUUUCUUUUUGAAAUUUAUCUUUAGCGCUGCAUGAGGCGCCCGAACAUCGGCUGAUAGAUCUGGAACUAUUGAGAGAGAACGAACGACGAGACAAAUCGAAUACUGAGCGCACGACUUACCUGUUAAAUGCUUUAUUGUACAAAAUGUUUAACGAUCAGGAGAUGACAAUCUUGGUGUAUUUUUUUUAUAAUUAUUCAACGAUAUUUCGUCGAGGAUGAUGUACUCAAUUGUGGUACUUACUAACAUUAGUGGUGAUGAUGGAGAUUAUGCAUUGAUGUAGAUGAUGAAAUAAAUUAUUGCAAUCGUUGAA